AUGCUGGGUCCGGGACCAGAACACAAGGAGAUUUUGUGGGAUUUUUUGGGGAAGAAUGAUAUGGAUAUAAUGCUGAAAAAUCAGGGAGAUAAGAAAGCGGCGCAGACACACUGGUCAGCCACGAUCAAAUCUCGUCGACUGGCACUAACACCCAGUUAUCUUUGUGCUCCUUCAAAUCUUCUAACAACACAAAAAACACCAAAAUUUCAAUACUAUCUAAUGGACGAUGAGGAUCGAAAACAUAUCGCAUUUUUUCAAAAUUUUCUCACCGCCAACGAAUGGGAAGAGCGAUGUUACAGUCAUAUGGGAACGAUUGGGAACUUUGUGAAGAGUGUUCGAGAGAUUAUGAACUCAGAUGAUGAAGAACAAGUGGAGAAGAGAUACUAUAUACGAUCGGUUCCAUUUGAGAAUGAGCAACGAGUGUUUGCCGAUGAGAUUUAUGAGCUACUUCCGUUGAUUCCGUGUCGAGGGCUGAUGAAUACUGCGCGCGCCGCCGAACUGCAAGACAUCUGGAAGCAGCACGGAGCACAUGUGUACACAACGAUUUCCCUAGCUGAGCUAGAUUUGAUUUUUGAGGAUUUCAAAUUGGAUAAAACAAAAGUUACGGCAACCAAUUAUCUCUGUCCCACAGGCGGUACUGUUUCUAGCGCAAUCGAUUGUUUGUGGAGUUAA